CACAUCGGGAGCUUGGUAAGGCAUCAUACCACAAACCACCAUGUUCAAGUUUGUAGUCCUCGCCGCUCUGGUAGCAUCCGCUGUUGCCGUCCCUGCUAGCUUCAACAGCAAGAUUUCGCAUGCCCAAGAGGCCGACAUCGUUAACUACAAUUACUUGGUUUCCAUUCAGUACUUGGGCGCUCACGAAUGUGGUGGUACCAUCAUCGGUGACAGAUGGGUCUUGACCGCUGCCCACUGUACCCAUGAUUUUGAUCAUGCUACCCUCGCUGUCCAUGCUGGAGUAACCAAUCUCAAUGAAGUCGGCCAGAAACGCGAGGUUGCCUAUGUCUUCCAGCACCCUGAUUACAAUCACGAAACCAUGGAAAACGACAUCACCCUUCUGGAAUUGUUUGACCCGCUUACUCCGGGUAAUAACGUUGGUCCAGCAGUUUUACCUGCAGCAGAUAGUUCUCCAGCAGUCGAUAGCGUUGCUACUAUUUCUGGUUGGGGUGCGGAUCAGGAAGGUGGUUGGGCAAGUGAAGAUUUCCAGGUUUUGGAAGUCAAGAUUGUUGAUGAUGCUACUUGUCAAAAACACAACCCCGCUAUUACUCCCAAUUCUUUCUGUGCUAAUGCACACAGGGGUGGUCCAUGCCAUGGCGAUUUUGGAGGUCCACUUGUCAACGACAAAAGAGAGCUGCUUGGCAUCAUCUCCUGGAGUCGUGGAUGCGAACAUCCAGAGUACGAUGCUGUCUACACCAAUGUAGGAACACACGUCAAAUUUAUUCAGGAUACAAUGGCUGCUUCUUAUCCUGACUAAUAACUUUCUUGCCAAUUCUUUUAAUAACAAAAAUAAAGAUGAAUUGCUUUUAA